GCUCCGCUCAGUAUUUGAACACAAGCUCCAAAAGUGUCCUGAUCACGGAAGAUGGCGACCGCUCUAGUGGUGUCCACCACAGUUCCUAAAAAUCCUAAAAAGGAGAAAUGUGAAAAAGCUGCUCCAAAAGUUGUUAGUUCAGAGGUGUACAUCAAGCACCCACUGCAAAACAGGUGGGCUCUUUGGUUUUUCAAGAAUGACAAAAGUAAGACAUGGCAGGCCAACCUCCGGCUCAUCUCCAAGUUCCACACUGUAGAAGACUUUUGGGCACUGUACAACCACAUUCAGCUGUCCAGUAACCUCAUGUCUGGCUGUGACUACUCCCUCUUUAAGGAUGGCAUCGAGCCCAUGUGGGAGGAUGAGAGGAACCGCAGAGGAGGCCGCUGGCUCAUCACUCUGUCCAAGCAACAGCGCAAAACCGACCUGGACCGCUUCUGGCUCGAGACUCUCCUGUGCCUGGUGGGAGAGGGAUUUGACGACUACAGCGACGAUGUGUGUGGAGCGGUCAUCAACGUGCGUGCCAAAGGAGACAAGAUCGCCAUCUGGACCACGGACUACGAGAACAGGGAGGCCAUAACACACAUAGGACGCGUGUACAAAGAGAGGUUAGGAGUGCCUCCUAAAGUGAUCAUCGGGUACCAGUCCCACGCUGACACGGCCACCAAGAGCAGCUCUACCACCAAGAACAAGUUUGUGGCAUAAACCAAGUGCACACAACCCUAACUAUUAAUUUCUUUGGACUUCCCCCUUUUGUUUGUUUCAUUCAAGUUCUCUAAAAUUGGACGUUAAUAUAUGAAAGAUCUAUUGCACUGUGAGGCAUUAGUUGAUUCUUGGACCAAAGAUGAGAAAAGCUUGUGUUGAGUUUACUUGAAAUUAUUUUGUUUGUUGAAUACAGAAGAUUUGGAAGUGACCAUUAAAUUUCCCUGAAUAUGCAGUAUUUUAGUUUUGGAGCCUGUACUGAAACUUGGACUAUAGCUCUACGUAUAG